AUGGAUCCCGCAGAUAGCAACACCCCUCCGCCCCCGCCACCAGCUGGGGCACCGGAGAACAACCUUCCCGACGCCCCCGACCGAGAGGCCAUGGAAAAAGCCCGCCGAAUCCUCGGGCAGCUCCACGCCCCAGUCCGAGAAGCCCUCACAGCCCACAUCCCGCCCGGCGAGCACGACCCCGAGCGCCUCGCAGGCGUCCCCGAACCCCUUAUCGCCUCGGGCGUGAAGCCCUCCCCGUCCACGUUCACGGGCGCCUCUCAGAAGCGGCGCGUCCCGUCCGACGUGGACGGCGGGGAGGCGCGCAAGCCCCAGGCGAGGAAACCCCACACGCCGACCCCCGUGUCCCUCGAGGACUUUUCCGACCGCGCGCUGACCGACAUCCUGCGGGCGACGGUCGACCCUUCCAAGGCGGCGGACCACAAGGGCAAUCAUCUCCCGCUCAAGUUGUCGGCUGGCAACCUGGACUCUGCUAUUAUGGAGGCGGCGAGCUCUUGGCCCCAGGAUAAGUCGCUGCUUAGCUACCUCUUGCCGUGCUGGUCCAGGGCGCAAUCACAUAGGGCGUCGCCGCCGAGGGAUGCCAACGAGGAAAAGCUCGAGGUGCUCAACGAGGCCAAGAGGUUGUGUAUCAGCAACUGCCUCUUUGCCCUCACCGUUCCAGAUUUGUUUGGCCGAGAGGUCGUCCCCGAGAGUCACGGCCUAUUGCCACACCUCCUCAAAGAGCCCACCCACCCUGAAGGCAUCGAUGAGGAAUUCUUGGUGGAGACUGUCAGUCGUUUCCCUGAGAACGAUGCCCUCCCUGCUGUCUUCACCCAAGCCAUGCUCAACGCCAGCUCCAAACUUGCCACGAUGAGUAUGGAAGCCAAUUACCAGCCGUAUAUCCGGGCCCUCCAACUGUACUGCCGCGUUCCUGCGUUGCUGGAUCUCCUUGCUCAGCACCCUAGCUUCCAGAUGGCGCAGUCGGCUCGUGGCAUCGAGACCAACACCAUUCUCGGACCCUUUUUCAGACUUUCUCCGGUAAACAAGGAGUCCAUCCAGACUUUCUUUGCCGCGCCAAGGAGCAUGGACCGGGGUUCUGUCGGGCUCUCGCAGGAUUCAAUGCGUCAGGUUCUUGCCAUCCACCAAGGCGAUCUUUUUGGCAUCACAAAUUCCUUUGUGCGCGCGAGUGCUGCAACCCGAGGUCGCAUUCUCGAUUGGUUUGCGUACAUUCUCAACGUGAACCACAAGCGAAGGGCCAUGCGCGUGGAUGCCAAGUUGGUGUCCUCGGAUGGCUUUAUGCUUAAUGUCACCCGCGUCCUCGACCGCCUCUGCGAACCCUUUAUGGAUACCUCUUUUUCCAAAAUGGAUCGCAUCAGCGUAGACUAUUUCCGCCAGAACCCUCGCCUCGAUAUCAAGGAGGAAACCAAGAUCAACGCGGACCAAGCGGCGUCGGACGCAUUCUACGCCACAACGCUACCUGGCUCGCCUCACUUCAUCUCCGAGGUCUUCUUCCUUACCCUUGCCGCGCACCAUUACGGUCUAGAAGGGUGCGUGACCAAGGUCAAGAGCCUUGAGCGUGAGAUCAAGGCAUACGAACAUCAUGUUGCCGCAAUGGAGGCGGAGAGAAUCAAGGUGAUGAAUAACCCUUCACAACUUCAGCUCUUCGAGACUGCUCUAAAGAAGCACACGGAUGCGCUAGAGCUUGCCAUGAGGGUCAAAUAUGCCCUCGAGGGUGUCCUUCGAGAUACCAAGAUGCAAGAAGUGUCUCUCCGCUUCAUGCGAUAUGUCGCAGUCUGGCUCCUUCGAGUUGCGAGUCAAUCCGACUACACCCCUGAUAAGACAUUACACCUACCGUUGCCAGAGAAGGAGCCUGAGGCGUUUUCCUGCCUUCCCGAGUACGCCCUACAAAAUGUCGUCGAGAACUUCAAGUUCGCGUAUAGCUCAGAAUACGUCAAAAACCCCUACCUCAAGUCAUCUCUCGUUUCCCUCCUGUUUUCCGGCACUUGGCCGGCACCCAGCCACCGUAACGGCGUGCUGGGUGACCAGCUCACUAACUCCAAGUUUGCCAACGACCACCUACUACACGCCCUCAUCAAAUUUUACAUUGAAUGCGAGUCGACCGGAGCACACACGCAGUUUUAUGACAAGUUCAACAUAAGAUACGAGAUUUUCCAGGUCAUCAAGUGUGUGUGGCGCGGUAACUCCGUCUACAGCCGACAGCUCACGCACGAGAGCAAAAUGAACCGGCCAUUCUUUAUCCGCUUCGUCAAUUUGAUCCUAAACGAUGCCACAUACGUGCUAGAUGAAGCCAUGGGCAAAUUCCCCAAGAUUCACGCUCUCGAGGCUGAGCUCAGAGCUGGCGGGCUCUCGAGAGAGGACCAGCAGAAGAAGGAGGAGGAGAUUCAGCAGCUGGCGGGGUCGGCGACUUCCUACAUGCAACUCGCCAACGAGACCCUUGAAAUGAUGAAACUCUUUACCAAGGCGCUCCGAGACGCCUUCACAAUGCCCGAGAUUGUCCAGCGUCUAGCAAGCAUGUUGAACUAUAACCUCGAGACUCUCGCGGGACCCAAGGCGCGAGAGCUCAAGGUUGAGAAUGCUGAAAAAUACCACUUCAGGCCUGGAGCGCUGCUCUCGGACUUUGUCGACAUUUACAUCAACCUUGGACCCUCGGAGGAGUUUGUCAAGGCCGUGGCGUCUGACGGGCGGUCUUAUCGGCCAGCCACGUUUGAGCGAACGUCCAUCAUCCUUCAAGCUAAGACAACCAAGAACCCGGCUGAUAUCCGAGCCUGGGAUCAACUUCGAGAGAGGUUUGUGGAGGCCAAACUGGAACUCGAACAGGCCGAGCUCGACCUUGGUGACAUCCCCGCCGAGUUUGAGGACCCCCUGCUAGGCGAUCUCAUGAAGGAUCCCGUCAUCCUGCCAUCCAAGCAGGUGGUGGACCGGUCCACAAUUAUCCAGCAUCUGCUGUCCGAUCCCACCGAUCCCUUUACGCGGCAGGCCCUCACUAUUGAGCAGGUGGUGCCCGACGAUGAGCUGAGGGCCAAGAUUGACGCUUGGAGGGAGGAGCGGCUCGCCGUUGCCAAGGCCCAGGCCAAGGAGAAGAUGGAGGCCGCGGCCACGGCAGAGGCAGAAGCGGCAGAGAGUGCGCUAGAGUCAGGGAGCGGGGUGGAGGGGGAAAAGAUGGACACGUCGGAGGGCUAA